CACCGCUCGGCUCGUUAAAUCACACGACAGCCGGUCGGGCAGCGGCUUUAAAUGUCGUCGAUGUAGCUGAUUUCUCGUCCGUAACAUGCCCGCGGCGUGAGAGAGCGAGGCCGGGGGGUUCGAGGCAGUGUUUUUCAGGUUGAAUUGACUCUGCGGGGGGAAGAUGUGCAAUGGAAUGACAGAGUCGAUAUCAAAAGCCUGUGGGGCCCACAGCUCAGCUGAGAGGUUCUGUUUGCUGCUGCUGAUGUUGACUGCAGUGUCCCCUGGGCAAGGAUCAGAAUGUGUGAGGCCGUAUAUGGUCCCGAACAGCUGGGUAAACCUCACCGAAAACAACAGAGGCUCGUUCCCCGCAGGCACAGUGCUGCAGUACAGCUGUGACCCCGGUUACCUGCCGGACGGCCCCAGCAUCCUCACCUGCAGCGCAACGGGACGCUGGACCUCCGAUCCUCCUCACUGCAUACGCAGCGGUGCGUGCUUACCCCUCUCCAAACCCCAAAACGGGGGCUACACCUGCCACCCGUCCCCCUGCCGGAUGUUUUCCCACGGCACCGUGAUCGAGUUCUUCUGUGACGAGCGCUUCGUUCUCAGUGGGGACUACAACUACCUGACCUGUCAGGACGGGCAGUGGGACGGGCCCAUGCAGAUCAGUUGUGUUAGCCAAGGUUGCGUAAGGCCCUCUACCGUGCAGCAUGGCUCAACUAACCUGACCGACAGCAACAGGAGCUUGUUCCCCGUGAGCACGGUGCUGCAGUACAGCUGCGACCCCGGUUACCUGCCCGUCGGAGCCAGCUUCCUCACCUGCAACCCAAUGGGACGCUGGACCUCGGAACCUCCUCGCUGUAUACGCAGUGACGGGUGUAUACGGCCCUCUACCGUCCAGCAUGGCUCUACUAAUCUGACGGAUACGAACAGGAGCUCGUUCCCUGUGGGAACAGUACUGGAGUACAGCUGUGACCCCGGUUACCUGCCCGACGGACCCAGCUUCCUCACCUGCUCCACGCUGGGACACUGGUCCUCGGAACCUCCUCGCUGUAUCCGCACUGACGUGUGCCAGCCUCCAUUCCAGCCGCAGAGCGGGGGCUACACCUGCCACCCCGCCCCGUGCCAGAGACUUUCCCACGGCACUGUGAUAGAGUAUUUCUGCGAGGAAGGCUACGUUCUGAAGGGAGACUACAAAUACCUGACCUGUCAGUAUGGGGAGUGGGACAGCCAAAUGAAGGUCAGCUGCCUCAUGGAGCAAGGCCGCAGUCCAACUUUACCGUUAGGGAUGCCGGCUUUGUCCAUAGUGGCAUCCACUGCCAGCUCAGUGGCCCUGAUCCUGCUGCUGCUGGUGCUGUUUGUACUUCUACAGCCGAAGCUCAAGUCCCUCCAUCGACGUGAUCACGGGGUGUCCGGCCAGCCCGUGUCGAUCAUGGUGGAAGGAGUCCAGGUGUCUCUGCCCUCGUACGAGGAGGCUGUGAGUGCGUGCGGGGCGCCGGCCUCGCCUCUCGCCUGCGAGUCCCGCGUCCAGAUCGUGCUGUCCGAGGGUCAGCGUGCCACAGCGCCCGAGGCCGGCCCCUCCAGGCCUUCGUCCCGCAAACAGCAGCAGUCAGAGAUGGCCGUCGUGCACCCCGUGCCAUCGUCCUCCUCCUCCUCCUCACCAUCAUCCUCUGCCCGGGUCCUAGAGCAUGCAGGUGCCGCCGCGCCUUCGUCCUCUGCAGGCGGUGACCAACACAGCCCGUGUCUGGACUCUGAGAUGGACUACUCUGAUGAUAUGCCGUUGCUGAAGGAGGCCUGAAAAAUGCAGCAAUCCUUCGGACUCCCCGUUCUGGCGAGCGAGACGCUUCUUCUUGUUCUCCACAGCUGUCAAAACAGACGAGGCUCUUUGUGACGCUGUGGGUUCCUCGGAUCAGUUCCUCGGUCCGUCCCAAAGGAGGCCCGAGAAGGGGACUCACGUCUACAUACAUGCUUCGCAUCUUGUUUUUGAGAGGAAUUCCUGCACAACAUGGUGUACGUCCAACGUCCGGAGCUCGCAAGUUUUUUUAAAUGUCAAAAACGGAAAGAACAGCCAGCGCCUGCAGGAGUGGGUCUUACAAGGCUGAAGCGUUUCAGUUGAAUGGGCAAAACCUGCAAAAGUAUUAUUUGCAUGUGUCUUGGUUGCUGUUACUUUUCGAGGGGCACGUUGGCAAAGCUGCAUGAAGUCCAGGUCGUCUACAUUUUGUCCCAAGUCAUGCACACUUUGUUGUUUUCAACAUUUUUUUUCUUUUUUUUCCAGAUAAUUGUUUCAAUUGUUAAUCAUUACUCACAUUGUUGCAGAUGCUAUUGUACAGUUCGAGGCUGCUUUUCCCUUUUGCUGUGUUUUUCAUCGGAUCGAGGGCAAACAUUUUAAGAGGCUACAUUUGACCUUGUUCAAGUGUUCACAUGUAUUGUCUGGUCCUCAAUGGCCUUAGCUUCCCACUUCUAUGCACGGGUCUCUAUAAUGUGUAAGAUGAAGAGUUUUAAAAAUGAAUGCUGGUUAAAAAACCUGCACUGCUUAGUGAUUUAAUGUGUGGCUUUGUCAGACACAUCACUUGUACACCAGAAAAUAUUAUUUAAUUUAUUCAGACUGCUACACAUUGUAGAAAAUAAUGUAAAAUAAUCGUAAUGUUUUAAGUUCAAAACGGGGAACUAAGAUGUUUAUUUAUUAACUCGUGACCAGAGAGCUGUUGAUCAGCUGUGGUUUUAUUUGAUGCUUCCACAACUCUUGGAAACAUUAAAAAACAAGUAUAUAUCUUUUCACUUGUGGUUCUACUGCAGACCCGUCAUGUGACUGUAAAUAUAGUUACACAAAAAUGAGAAGGUGUCCGAUUAAGUCAGUGUUCACUUUGUUUGCCUCCCCGUUGAAUUUGCUUUUAACCCAGGAUUUGAUUCAUGUUUCUUGUUUUUGUGAAGAUGUUUCUUUUUAAUAUAUGUAAAAUUAUUUAAGUUACAUGUAAGUCUGUAUAUAACAUACGCUCGUUUUGAAUAAACAUUAUUUAAGGUG